CCCCCCCCCCCCUCCGCACUCACAAACUUUCCCUCUCCCGAACCCCCCAAUCCCGCAGCCCCCCGGUCCCCAGGCGAGUUCCCUGCCCCAGUAGCCGGUACCGGAGAGCCAGUUGGGCCGCUGGGGAGAAGUUCGGAGAGACCCAGCCUCCUGCCCUGACUCCCAGCCUCCUGCCCUGACUCCCUUCCCCCUUUCCCCAGUCGGAGGGGAGGCUCCAAGCGGCCAAAGAAGGGGAUUGUUUUGGGAACCAGUCAGCCAAAAAGCUGGGGCAGAACCGGGGGCAGAGCGACUCCAGAACCUGCCGCUGCCCGACUGGAUCCGACUCAUUUGUGCCCGACUGGAUCCGACUCAUUUGUGCCCGACUGGAUCCGACUCAUUUGUGCCCGAGUGUUUGCAGCGCAGAGUCCCGGAUUGUAUCCCCGACCCGGCCCGACCCCAUCGGCUCCUUCUCCCGGCGCCGCGUGUGAGUGUCCGGGCCGCACUGUAUGGGGCGGAGGUUCUGACCCGAUGCUGGUUCUUCCCAACUUGGAAACACAAUGAUUCUUAGAUGUAAAAACUUUGUUGCUGCCACAGUUUGUUGCUGCCUCCUCUCCUCUCUCUGCUGCGUCGCUCAGCCUGGCCGAGCGCCCCACUUCCUGGUCCAGCCGCUCUCUACCUUCCAGAAGUACGGGGGCUCCGUCACCCUGAGCUGCUCGGUGGAACCGGCGAGUGCCAUCAUCUCCUGGCAACUGAAUGGGGCGGAGCUAGACCUGCCCGGGGUUCUGGUAUCUGGGGGCACGUUGGUCAUUGCCAGCCUUAAUAACGACACCGUGGGACGGUACCAGUGCAUCGCCCGGACGCCAGUGGGAUCCAUCUCCAGUGUCCCCGCCAUUGUCACCCUGGCCAACCUGCAGGACUUUAAGUCUGACGCGCAGCACGUGAUCGAGGUGGAUGAGGGGAACACGGCGGUGAUUGCCUGUAACCUGCCCGAGAGUCACCCCAAGGCCCAAGUGCGCUACAGCGUCAAGCAGGAAUGGCUGGAGACGUCCAGAGAUAACUACCUAAUCAUGCCUUCGGGGAACCUUCAGAUAGUGAACGCUACACAAGAGGACGAAGGGACCUAUAAAUGUGCGGCGUAUAAUCCCGUCACCCAGGAAGUGAAAACAUCCGUUUCCAGCGACAGACUUCGUGUUCGACGCUCCACGGCAGAGGCCGCCCGUAUAAUCUACCCCCCUAAUGCCCAGACCAUCAUCGUCACCAAGGGGCAGAGCCUGAUCCUGGAAUGCGUUGCCAGCGGGAUGCCGCCCCCCAGGAUUACGUGGGCCAAGGAUGGCGCGGAGGUUUCGGGGCACAAUAAAACCCGCUUCCUGCUCAGUAACCUGCUGAUAGACGCCACCAGCGAGGAAGACUCCGGCACCUACACCUGCACCGCCGGCAACGGUAUCGGCGAGGGAGGCUCCACUUUUAUAUUUUACAACGUGCAAGUGUUCGAGCCACCAGAGGUCAGUAUGGAGCUGUCUCAGCCAAUAGUCACCUGGGGUCAGAGUGCAAAGUUCACGUGUGAGAUCAAGGGUAACCCCCAGCCCUCGGUGAUAUGGCUGAGAAACGCCACCCCCCUGAUCCCCAGCGCCAAACACAAAAUGUCUCGGAAAGUUCUGCGUGUGAUUAAUGUGGGGCCGGAGGAUGGGGGCGUCUACCAGUGUAUGGCCGAGAAUGAGGUGGGCAGUGCCCAGGCCUUGGCCCUCCUCAUAACCACUAGGGCAGGGAGCUUUCUAAAUCCGGAGAAGGACGCCCCAACAUCAUCCCCAUUGGCUGAGGACAGGCAGCUGCUGCUGAAGGCCCAGUACAAGCCGCGGCCCCCGACUCCCCUGCUGCCGGCCCAGUGCCCCAACAGCAAAGAAACUGCGCUCCCCCCCGAGGCCCCCGUUAUACUGAGCUCCCCCCGUACCUCUAAGACGGAUUUCUACGAGUUGGUCUGGAGGCCCAGAAAUGUGGGCGGAGCCCCAGUCUUGUUCUACAUCAUCAAACAUCGCAAGGUAGCCAAUUCCUCGGAUGAGUGGACCGUUUCUCGUGUUCCGGGGCCACAGCACCGCCUGACCCUGACCAAACUGGACCCCGGCAGCCUGUAUGAAGUGGAGAUGGCGGCCUACAACUGCGCGGGGGAGGGCCAAACCGCCAUGGUAACCUUCCGCACGGGGCGCCGCCCUAAACCCGACAUAGUAGCCAGCAAAGAGAUUCAGAUCCAGAAGGACGACCCCGGGACCAGCACGCAGAGCAGCAACCAAUCGGAUAACAAUCGCCUUUCCCCCCCAGAAGCCCCCGACCGCCCCACCAUCUCAAUGGCUUCCGAGACGUCCGUGUACGUGACCUGGAUCCCGCGAGGAAACGGCGGAUUCCCCAUCCAGUCCUUCCGGGUGGAGUACAAAAAGCUGAAGCAGCCGGGGGACUGGAUUUUGGCGACUAGGGACAUCCCCCCCUCCCGCCUGUCCGUGGAGAUAACGGAAUUGGAGAAAGGCACCUCCUACAAAUUCCGCGUGCGGGCCCUGAACAUCCUGGGCGAGAGUCAGCCCAGCGCAGCCUCCAAGCCGUACGUGGUAUCGGGCUACAGUAACCGCGUGUACGAGCGCCCGGUGACGGGACCCUACAUCACGUUUACGGAAGCCAUCAACGAGACCACCAUUAUGCUCAAGUGGAUGUACACCCCAGCCAGCAAUAACAACACCCCCAUCCAUGGCUUCUACAUCUACUACCGGCCCACCGACAGCGACAACGACAGCGAUUACAAGAAGGACGUGGUGGAAGGCGACCGCUACUGGCACUCGAUCAGCCACCUCCAGCCCGAAACCUCCUACGACAUCAAAAUGCAGUGUUUUAACGAGGGCGGGGAGAGCGAAUACAGCAACGUUAUGAUCUGCGAGACUAAAGCUCGGAAGUCUCCCCGCUCCCAGACACCCGCGGUGCCCUCACCCCAGCCUUCUCACAGCAGCGGGAAAGGCGCCGUCGGAACGGCUACUGUGGCGCGUUCUAGUGAUGUUCCGUACAUGAUCGUCGGGGUUCUUGGCUCCAUUGUUCUUAUACUCGUGGCCUUCAUCCCUGUGUGUUUGUGGAGAGCCUGGUCCAAGCAGAAACAAACCACGGAUAUCGCGUUCCCCAGCGCCGGCAUCCUGACCUCCUCCUGCCAGUACACCAUGGUGCCCCUGAGGGGGGUCUCUACCAUCAGUAACUUCCCCUAUGCUAAUGGCAGUGUUGUGAAUGGCACUUGUCCGUCUGCAAACCCCAAUGGGACGAAGCCAAGAGAGUAUGACCCAGAGACGGAGCAUCAGGAUGAAGCUAACAGUUUGCUGGAGGAGAUGAUUCCUGGGCACAAGGACCUAACAGAAUGUCCCAAGCCUGGGGGGUUGUGCCACCCACCCGGCGAGGGCAUCACAGUGGACCGGCCAAGUGAGAUUGAUACAUGUGAAAUAAAGGAACUUCCUCCUGAUGGGCUUCAAUUGGAGGAUGAGAACUUGGUUGGGCACUCCCUAUCAAAAAGCAACAAGGAGUGCCCCAUCCUCUCGCUGCCCAUAGAGCCAGGUGUGUGCCAAGGUUGUAUAUGUGCCUUGCCACCGGUGGAAAACGCAGAGGAUCCAGUCCGCCCAACAUUGAGUGAAGGAUCCAAUGAAAUCCCAGUUUGGACCUGUAAUGUAGAAGGGAACAGUUGGGAGAGCAGCGCUAAUCAGCCUCACACACGCUCGGAAGGAGCCGCCACUUAACAGAUGACAGACUGUAAGAAAGGACUGGGGAUGGUCUUGUUGCAAUACAUAUCAGCACUGAGUAUCUCUACUAAACCUUGUGCAGAUACACAGGCUGAAGAUUCUAGAAGAAGUCCAUUUAUUCCAGCACCGGCUUCCCUGCACAGCGGCUCUUGCAACACGGUCACGUUUUAGGGUCCCGGACCACCCUGCGUUUGAAAGGAGUUUAUUUUUCUAUGACAGCGAUAUUUAUAUAUUUAUGCACUUGUACAUAAAGUUUAUUUUCUUUAUCAUGAAAUAUAUAUAUAUAUAUAUAUAGAAAUAUGGAACACAAAAGGGACCAAACUAUUCUUUGGCGUUGGCACGGCAACGGAACAAGAGCUUUGGAUUGGCUGCCAUCAUACUGGGGGGGGGGCUAUAGCGGAAUGGGGCGCAGGAAGGAGACUGGAGGAAUCUUCUGAUUUGUUGCGUAAAUUUUGGAUCCAGAAACGGUUCCGGCUUCUAUUCUCGUCAGGCGCGGGAUGUUCCCACGCGGGUUGCAUGUUUGGCCCCAGCUAAAUAUAUAUGCGCCAUAAACACAAUAUGCGAUGCGGCUGCAAUGACUUCUAUGUGUAACUGAAUAGGAACCGUACGGCUUGUAAUAAAUACGUAAAUAGUGA